AUGACUCUCGCUCUCUCUCAAUCACAAGCCCUCGCCGUUUCAUCCAUCUCCGUCUCCCACCUCACCGCCAGGACCUCCGGCCGCCGUCACUUCUCCCGCCUCUCAAUCUCCUCGUCUUCCUCCACCGCCAAACCCUCCCAGCCCUUAUCCUCCCCGCCCCUCUCCCGCACCAAGACUGGUGUUAUUGUUGUCGGAGCUGGCCUCGCCGGUCUCGCCGCCGCAACCCACCUCCACUCUCGAAACAUUCCUUUCCUCCUCCUCGAAGCUUCGGACGGAGUCGGCGGCCGAGUACGGACUGACCUCGUCGACGGUUUCGUCCUCGACCGUGGCUUUCAAAUCUUCAUCACUUCCUACCCAGAAGCCCAGAAGCUGCUCGACUACCGGGAAUUGGAUCUCCGGAAAUUCUACUCCGGCGCCCGGAUUUACUUCGACGGGCAGUUCCACACCGUUGCCGAUCCCCUCCGUCACUUCUCCGAUGCCCUCCAGUCCUUAACUAACCCAAUUGGGUCGGUUCUCGAUAAGUUGCUUAUAGGGUCGACGAGGCUUGGUGUAUUGACCAAAUCGGACGACCAAAUCCUGCGUGCCGACGAGGUCCCUACGUCGGAGCUGUUGAAGAGAAUUGGGUUCUCCGAUUCCAUUGUCGGCCGAUUCUUUAAGCCCUUCUUCGGUGGGAUUUUCUUCGAUCCCGAGCUCGAAACCACUUCCAGGCUGUUCGAAUUUAUCUUCAAAUGUCUGGCUCUGGGCGACAAUACCCUGCCGGCGAAGGGGAUCGGAGCAAUUCCCGACCAAUUGGCCUCAAAAUUGCCGCCCAGCUCCAUCUUGUUGAACUCGAGAGUUGCCUCCAUUGAUCUCGAGGAAUCGUCGUUGAAGUUGGAAACUGGUGAAACUUUCCAAAGCGAGUUCGGAUUGAUCUUGGCGGUGGAGGAACCGCAAGCCGCGAAGCUGUUGGCGGGAAUGAAGCGGAACGGCAACGGAAACGGCCCGGGAAACCCAGUCCCGGUUCGACCAAAACCAGCUCGUGGCACAGUUUGUGUAUAUUUCUCAGCUGACCGGGACAAGGUUCCUGUUCAGGACCCGGUUCUGUUUCUCAACGGUUCGGGUCAGGGCAUCGUCAACAACAUGUUCUUCGCCACCAAUGUGGCUCCCUCGUAUGGUCCAGCCGACAAGGUCCUGGUAUCAGCAUCUUUGAUUGGGUCGUUUGAGGGCGAGUCGGAUGAAAAUCUCGCAGCUCGUGUUGUUGCCGAGCUCUCCGGUUGGUUUGGGGACUCGUUGGUUGGAUCGUGGAAGUACUUGAGAACGUAUCGGAUUGGUUUUGCACAACCCAACCAAAGCCCUCCGACCGAUUUGAUGAAAAGCCACCGGGUCGAUUCUGGUUUAUAUGUGGCAGGGGAUUACCUGACUUCAGCCACUUUCGAUGGUGCAUUGGUGUCAGGAAGGAAAGCCGUUGAAGCAUUGCUUAGAGAUAGAGCCUUGAUCCAAAGUUGA